CACACAAGGAACUACUAAAGAUGAGCAGUGACACCGAUAACAGAAAGGAGAUGUCCAAACAUCUGAGGAAUGGAAACCCCGAGGACCAGGGCGUCAAUUGGCGACUCUGGGCCAAGAACCUCUCAGGUGUAGCAGCCUGCCUGGCGAGCAGUUUCUUCAAAGGCCCAGUACCAGCAACAUCGCGAUACGUCAUAGACCGAGGAUACACACCAUAUCAGAUGCUUUUCUUGGAUGACUUGCUGAUUUUCCUUGUGGCACUGAGCAUCACUGUGUACCAACGCAUAGACAUGCUGCCAAAAGGCUGGAGACAUGGAGUCCACUUGAUUUUUCUCGGAUGCGCACGGUUUACCAGUGUCAUUUGCCUGUUCACGGCGUUCCAGUUUAUUCCACCUGCGACCGCAGAAGCCGUGUGGAACGCCAGUAUGCCGGUUUUUGUGGUGACCCUGUCCUGUAUCUUCCUUCAACAGAUUCCAACUCGUGUGACCAUCCUCGGCAGCAUGUGGUGCGUAGCAGGUGUUGUGCUUCUGGGCUACGGUAGCUUCGUCAACAUGACGUCAUCAGCGGAUACCACUGACGUCACUCUUGGACAGAUUCUAGCCGUAACAGGAGCGCUGAUUCACUCCAUGCUUGACGUUGGAGCCAAAAAUAUUUUAGAAACCACCCCGAGGGCAAAGGCUGUGAUGUACACAUACGCUUUAAGUACACUGUCUGCCGGGAUAGGAGCGUUUGUUACCAGUUCCACGUGGCAGCUUGAACCAGUGACUGCUACAGUCUUAGUGCUAAGCUGUUGUAGCCAUGGUGUGGGUAUGAUGUUCUUCUAUAUUGGUCUCAAGUUAGUAGAGGUUAAUGCAGUUACUGCACUGAUUCAGCUCAGCGCGUUUCCGGCCUAUGGUGUACAGUGGGCAAUGUUAGGGUUCGCGCCGACAGUUUUGGAUGGCGUGGGUCUAUCAUGUGUACUGAUAGGGGCGUUUUCUAUUGUGAUCUGGGAGGCACUUGUUAGUUGGAAGGAGCAAAAUCACUUGGCGUUUAUUGGGCAACUUGAUUUUAAUGUCACGAAACCAAAUGGUAAACCUUAAGUUACAUGUAAUAUAUGUGAAAGAUGUGGUGCAGAGGGAGAGAGGAAUUUAAAACAAAAACGAAAAAAAUGUUGUAUUUACUUUUUAUAGUACAAUGCUAACCUUAUGUUAUUUUUAU